GAAUUAAUCAAGCUUCUCCCGGCCUAAGGCCUUUGUAAAAAUAAAAACAAUUCUUUCUCCCUCGCCACCAUCCCAACCUAGCCCUCCGCAUCAGGCGCCGAGGCUGAGGGGCGAGUAUAUCGCCGGCUACACCAUGACACCAAGUGCCUUAGCCAUGAGAACAUGAGAGCCUCAUGCAAGCCGCUCCCUUGAGAACGCACUCCAAAUUCCCUCAUCUAAAAAAAAAGAUGGGGGAUCACUACCCCUCGGCCCCGGAAAGUACCAAGUACCUUCGGAAGGCCCCUUGGUAUUUGGCACUCCAAGUACCAAAUACCAUAAGGAGCCAUCUGGUAGAAGACCAAUAUGAGGAGACCAAUAGGGAUGAUCACGUGAGCGAGUCAGACUAUGAUGGUGGGAAUAUGAUGGAUGAUACACUUGCUGAUGCAUUUGAAGACCCACCUAUGUUUGAAGAUGAAGAAGACGAUAAUAGUGUCAAGUUGUUUUUCCAAGAAUACAGGACAAAGUUUGAAACGGUACAAGUUGUAACUGAUGAAGUCAUAAAUCAUUGUGAUUUUCAUACAGAAACCCCCCAGCCGUUCGAUUUAUCGUUAGUCUCAACACCUUAGGAGGGCAAGAAGAAGAUCAGUCAUGACGUUCAUGCAGCUACUGAGGUAGGUUUGGGUAUUGAAGAUGAGUUGAGAAAAGAUGAUUACAUGCUCCAAGAGAGUGAGGGCGAGUUACAUGAUGUUCAUAAUGAAGAAGUCCCGCUUCACAAGCAAGAAUUCCCUCUUGUACACAUGCACCGGUCCACUCUUACAUGGUUUCAGAUAUGGACUUAUUUGAUUCACUCCUUGAUGACGAUAUUCCUUUUUGUGUGGAGAAUGACAACAUCAUCUGAGAAGUUAUUGAUAAGAACGAUGUUAACGAGAGUUGGGAUGCCUUCAUGGGGAGUGAUACGGAGUCCGGAGGAGAGGUUGUGAAUGUUCAUGAUAUUUGUGAGGAAGAAGAAGACUUUUCUAUGGUACAGUUUGAUUACGGUGUUGCUCCUACUCCUUGCUUGAAGACAUGUUUUGAGCUUCCGGUGAUGCCUAAAGUAACCAAAGUUUUCACUCAUUUUCCCUAUCCACCUGAAGAGGAUGAGAGUUUCAUACUUCACUUCUGCGCUGAUGAGGGUUUUGAAGACCAUAUGCUGCCUACAUGGACUGAAGAAUUUAAAGAUUUGCGACACCUAAUGGCAUUUGUUGAGAGGAAGCUGGAGACAUUGAUUAUUACUGCACCAAUGCAGUCUUUGCUAUUUGAGAGCGUAUGAGGAAGUUGCGUCGGGCAAACGACGUUAAAAAUAUCGCUUCUUGGGAGGCAACCCAAGCUUAUUUCUGCAUUUUUUGUUUGUUUGUUUGCUUGCUUUCAGAAAACCCCCGAAAAAAACCAAAAAAAAAACUCCGGGGUGUUUUUUGGGUUUGUUUUUGUGUUUGUGUUUGUGUGUUUUGUUUUUGCAGCUCAGGGUCUUGCUUUGGGGAUGAUGUGCUGAGGAUCACUUGACUCAGUUUAGUUCUGCACCGACCAGCGCCUUAGGGAAGUUUCUGCAACUCUUAUUAUCGCCUGUUUUGUAAAUGUUGACUUGAAUUGAGAUUGAGCACGUGUGACCCUUUCCUCUUUACCCCUUGUGCAUAGUGCAUUUUUGGUCAUCGAGGGUGAUGCCAAAGUUUAAGUGUGGGGGAGUCAAUUGGGCAUUCGGGUAGUAGUCGUUACAUGUGAUUUUUAGAGUUAGCAUGCACAAGUGUUAGUUGAUAUUCAUAGGAAAUUCAUGUCAAUUUUUUGAAAAUGUUUCUUUAAACUGUGUAUUUGUGAGCUGGCUAGCGUUUGACUAUGCUUUUAAAACAUCUUUGAAGUGUUUAGGCUUAAAUUGUUUGCACUAUAAUCUGGUUGUUGAAAAGAUGAAUGCAUUAGUCACCCAUGUAAUGAAUCAACAAUUUUCCCAAUGACCUGCAUAAGUUCCUUUAGGAGAAGCCACUUUGAGCCUGACCGUUUAUUGAUAACCGAUUAAUUGAGCUUCAUAGCCAAAUGGCCUGUGUUCCUUACCCGUGAAUAUUUCUGACUUAGUCUUGAUGUUUAGGGAACUAGAGGAUUAAUUUGCUAAGUUUAGGGAAUUUGUGUAGGAGCCAUUUUUGGCAUUGUUCCUAUGCCCCAAAUGGGGUAAGAGCAGUCACUUUUUAGGAAUUUGAUACUUUCGAGGAUUGCAAUGUAGGCAUGGAUUCACUUUUAAAUAAAUGAACCUUAAUUGCUAUUUUUCCUUGGUGAGGCCGAGAUUAGAAUGGGGUAAUGUCUUGUGAGAAUCCGAAAGGUGAAAAUUAAUAUAGCUAGACCUCUUACUUUGCGAAAAGGGAAUGGGAGCCCCGGUCAAAAAGCGUAAGAUGAGACUUGGGUAUCUUUCGAAAGAAAUGGCGUUCUCGUGCUAACAUGACAAGGAAAACUAAACAUAAUUAAUGAACUUGGAGGCUAUUAUAAAAAUUUAGCUUUAGUCCUCCACAUACUUCAAGUAUACGUCAAAGCACAAAUGUGCCGCGGCGGUUUAGCUUAGUUGUACACCAUGUCUACUCUUUGCAUAGAUUUAGAUGAUUGUUCCUAAUUUGUGGCCUACUAAGUUCAUUGAUCCUAAGAAUAGCCCCGAAAUUCCCGAAUGCAUUGAGUCUUUGUUAGAAUGUUCCGAACUCUCAAGAAAGGAACUUUUUAUUGUUACCAUUCACCCUUCACCACCAUUUUCACAAGUCCUUCUGAUCGGUAGCUAGUUUAUUUGUGUGUGCUGUCACUACUUUGAUGAUGUUGUGAAUAAUUUUGUCAAAUAUUUUAGCUAGAGUACAAAGAUGUAGUUUAGGGAAGAAUUUUCUUGGUUUAGUCUGCCUAUUCUGUGAAUAUCCCUUUAACUACAUGUGCAUGCUAAUUAUUUUGAUUCCGUGUGGUGAUUAUCGUAAGUCCCGUUGUUCAGUUUGCUUGAGGACAAACAAAAGCUUAAGUGUGGGGGAAUCUGAUAAGUCCAUAUUUAGACAUGCAUUUGAUGCGUGCUGGGAUUGGAUUUUGAUGGUUUUCCUAGAUUUAAGUUGUUGCAAGUCUCAAUUUUAGCUCAAGUUAUGUUUACCAGACGUUGGUUCGAGUUUUGUGUCAUUUGGAGUCAAAAUCGGGAAUUUAGACUUCGGCACCGGCGCUUGAGGAGAAAUCGGGAUGAUUCUAGAAGCAUUCGAGAUUGAUUUAAGAGCUUUGGAGGUUAACGGGAGGUUUACGAUGAAGAUUUGAAUGAAGCUUGAAAACGACGAUCAGGAUGACCUUCUGUCAAUCGUUCAAGCAUAUCUCUCUUUAGAAAUGUCUAAUGUACACUAUUCAAGUUCCAUAUGAAAGCUAACUUCAAGGGCUACAAAUGAUAUGAAGACACCUUUGCGAGAAUAUGAGAAGAAAAAGGUGAAAACAGAUGAUGAAGUCAGAUGAUCUCUGCUGCGAUUUCUGAAAGACACCUUCCACCGUUCUAAUCAUAUCUCUUGAUUGGAUGAUUCAAAUCACAUUCAGCAAAUUGGGGUGGAUAGAGGACUUCAUUAUCUACAACUUUCAUGAUGGAAUCAUUUCCAAAUUUGGAAGUUACGUUGGCACGAUCGUGCCCUCAAAGUCAGGCACGAUCGUGCGUGAAGAGAUAGCAUCGCGGAGUUACUGCCAGCUAGGCACGAUCGUGCAUGGAGGGAGGCACGAUCGUGUCUGCCUAAAAUGCGCGUUUUUUCUCCGGAGGCAUGAUCGAAGGCACGAUCGUGCCUGCCUCCGGAAAUCUCAAUUCAGCUCAAAUUUGACCCGAUUGUUCUAUUUAAACAGCCUGUAAACUCCCGUUUUGAGGGGGGAGCUUAGAAAGAGUGCCUAUCAUGAAUUUUAGAGGGCUUUUUCAGCCUUGUUCAUCAAUCCUUUGGGAUUCUUUGUAAGUUCCACUUUUUUAAUUAAUCACAAUUAAUUCUUUUUAUUCCGAUUCUAUUGAUUCUUCAAUUAUGAAUUGUGAGUAGUUUUAAUUAGGGAUUUGGGAUUGAUGAAUGAGUUGAUCAUGAUGUAUGGCUAGAUUUUUGAUGGGUUAAUUGCAAUAAUGCCAUUUAAUUUGUGUUUGAAUAAAUUAAUUGAUAUCUUUUGUAACCUAGAUGGCCACUAGAAUUAAUAUUGCUUGUAGAAUAAAUUAAGAGAGAUCUAGUUUAUUCUAGGACACAUUCACACACACUUAAUCGUUCGCUAAGAGAUUAGUAGCGAUUAAGGGGCCGUAAGCUCGCUCGUCUUGGCAAUAUUUUAGGAUCCUGUCGCUUGGUCCCCUAAAUUAUUGUACUCUACGCCACGAGAGCGGUAAGAACUUAGUAAUGAUUAGCUAGGCUCAAUUGAAUUAAUUUCAUGUGAUUAGGCCUGAUCUGCCAGAAAUCUUGUUACCCCGGAAUCAAUCCCUGUUCCCUUCGUCAUUAAUUAGAAAGAACCCCCUAGUUUAAUCGUUUUAUUCGCAUUUUUAUUUUCCAGCAACCAAUCUCGCACGACGCAUUUUUAUUUAUUUAUUUUAAUCACUGAAUUUAGUUAAUCUUUGAUUCCCUUUUGUCCGUCCCUGUGGAGACGAUACUCGUAUUUUUCACCACUUUUCUACAACCAUUUUAAGUGCGAGAAAACACAAAUCAAUGUUUCUAUGCUUUAUACAUUGGGACAAUGUAUCUUAAGUGUGGGGGGUGCAUCUCAAGGGUAGCUAAACAAAUUUUGUGUGCAAUUUUUUUUUAGGAAGCUAAAAAUUGUGUUAUUUCUCUUUUUAAUGGGUAUUUGGUUGAUAAAGUUUUUUUUAUUAUUCACAUAAAAUAUCAUUUUUUUAGAUUUAUUACACUACCUUUUACUCUUGAAAACCACUUCCAAAAAGAACUCUUGUGACUAGGAACACCAUUAUCUUUCAUCCCCAAAAAUGGUUCAAAAAUACAUCUCAAAUAUUCAAAAACCAUUUUGGAACACAAACCACCCUCAUAUCUCAUCCUUAAAAAAAAAGGGAUCAUUUAAAUGACUUUCAGUAGAUGCUUAUUGAGAACCAAUCCAAAUAAGUUUCCUUAAAAAAAAGAGGAACUCAUGAUCUCUCUGAAAAAAAUCGCAACUGCUCCAUCUCCACACUGAAAAGUCAAUACACCAAAAAGCCAUUCUACACUCCCAAAUAACCUCAGUCACGAUCCACUUAUCAAUUCUCAAGAGUAUAAGUAAUUUUUCUAAAUCUAAUGAUAUUUUUUGUGUGUCUAGUAGAAAAAUGGGUUUUGGAUUGAGAACGAAAAAGAGUUUACAUUUUUUUUACCUCUCUUAAAAAUAAAUUUAUUUUUGUACAUAUAUUUUUGUUAAACUAACCAAGGCAUCCAAAGGUUACAACAUUGCUCGAGGACUAGCAACGCUCAAGUGUGGGGGAAUUUGAUAAGCACAAUAAUUACUUAUGUUUUACAUAAGUAAUUAUAUUCAUCUGUACAAACAUGUGAAGAAAAAACAGGUAAAUAUUCCCGAGGGAGCGGAAACAUGAAAUACGGCUUGGAAUAACAAAAAUCGGGUCAAAAGUCAAAAGGGGUCGAAAACCGGCACUUUUGGAUCAAUUUCGGGCAUCAAAGGAGAAAAAGAAACGAAGUACAAAGUUGGGCGCAGGAACCGGCGCCGGUCAUCACACAUCCGGCGCCGGUCGUUGGGAUUUUUUCCUAAUAAACGUCUGUUUCCAACCGGUGCAGAAUGACCGGUGCAUUUUUGCACCCAACCGGCGCCGGACAUGCUGUAAUCGUCGCCGGUUGUUCCGAUUUUCUGCUAAAACAGUCCAACGUGCAAAAGAUUUCUGAUGGGAAAACCCCAUCUUCCUCCAUAUCUGAUCAAAUAUUACUUCCAUACCCGAUUGUUAGGUAUUAAUAGACUAAAAGAUGACAUUCUUUAGCCUAUAUAAAGCCCUUAAUUCAUCAAGCAAUACCAUCCCGAAAAAGUAUUAUACGCGAAAAUCAGAUCACCGAGUCAAAAGUUAUGGCCAAAAUAGUGCAGGACAUCGAAAAGUUUGAAUUUUUAACUUUGAAAAACUUUUCGAAGUUGAGGUUCUCGAGGUUGAGUUUCUCGAUGUUGGACCACGAAAACCUGUUCUCGAUGUUGAAUAUCGAAAACCUUUUCUCGAUAUUGAAUGUCAAAAACCAUUUCUUGAUAUUGAAUGUCGAAAACUUUUUCUCGAUGACUGAAUAUCAAAAACUUUUUCUCGAUGUUGAAUGUCGAAAACUUCUUCUCGAUGAUUGAGUAUCAAAAACUUUUUCUCGAUGAUUGAUUAUCGAAAAUGUCUUCUCGAUGUUGAAUAUCGAAAAAUUUCUUUUCGAUAUUGAAUGUCGAGAAACGUGUUUUCGAGGUUCAAACUGCGAGAAACGUGUUUUCGAGGUUCAAACUGCGAGAAACGUGUUUUCAAUCUUCAAUCCGCGAGAAACCUGUUUUCGAGAUCCAAUCCACCAGAAACCUGUUUUCGAGAUCCAAUCCGCGAGAACCUGUUUUCGAUCUUCUACCUGCGAGAAACGUGUUUUCGAGGAUUAACUUCGAGAAAAUCAAGACUUCGAAAUCAUUAGAAUUGCUAACCAGUUUAGAACAUCGAAUUCUUUGAAAUUUCUAAAAGCUCAGAAUAUCGAAAACUUUAGCUUUGAAAACUUUCAGAACUUCGAAAACUUCUUUAAACUUCGAAAACUGAGAAUAUCGAAAAUCCUUUUAAACUUCGAGAAGCUGAGAAUAUAAAACUUCUUUUAAACUAUCGAGAAGCUAGGAAUAUCGAAAACUCUUUUUAAGCUUCGAAAAGUUCUGAAUAGGGAAAAAUAUCAACUUUCGAGAAAUUUUGAGAUUCAAGAAAACCCAAAGUUCGAAAUAUUCUAAACAUCGAGAAACUCCAAAACUUCGAAAUCUGCAUAACAUCGAAAACUUCCAGCUUCGAAAAUCUGCAAAUGUGAAAUCAAAAAUUUCUUUAGAAAUGAUAUUGCAGGUUGUUGUCAAACGGAUAUCGAUCCGAAUCUUCCAGAAAUCGCUGAAAAAACAUUGAAAACAGAUUAGGCAAACCAAAAUAUCGAAAACUCUUUUUUUCGAAUAGGCAGGGCCUUUCUCGAAAAUGGCAGAUCCGAAAAACGCAGAUGGAUUCAAUCUAUUUCACGCCUCGGCUCUGAUACCACAUGUUGAUCCCUAUUUCUAACAAUCAUACAACCAUAAGAAUGAAAGAAGAAGCAAAUAAAUUGAACAGAAAUUUGGUACAUCGUGUAAACCGGCCGCUGCUCUCCCUCUAGAGAGAGCAUGUAAUACCCCGAAAAUUUAAGUGAAAAUUUUGGUUUAAAAAUAAUUAUUGAGGGAUCAUACAACUUAAACUUUAACAUAUGACAGAGGUUACAAUUUAUCUUUAUGAUUAGUAUGUUACCAAGAUAAUAUUUGGACUUAAAUAAAAGUUGCAUUCUAAAAGAUUACUUCAAAAUAUUAGUUAAUAAUAUGUGAAAUUUUAUACAGUAAAUACUAAAUAGCACACACAAACAAAUAAUAAUGUUAACUUUUCUAAGUAAUAAUACUACUAAGGACUCGUACGCACACAUACUUCGUAUAUGUUCACAUCUAUAGAAACUUAUUAUGCCUACACUCAAAUACCUCAAACCUAGGGCUGGGGAAAAAAACCGAAAUGCCGAAAUACCGCAUUUACCGUAUCGAAAAAAACCAAAUUUACCGAAAUUUUCGGUAUACCGAAGAAUUCGGUACGGUAUGGUAUCAUACCGAUACAUUGCGGUACGGUAACGGUAAGCACUUUGAAAAUUUUCGGUAUUUCGGUAUAUACCGAAAUACCGUAUAUAUAUGAUUAUACAUUUAUACUCAAUAAUUAUUUAAUGUUCAUGUCUCUUGGGCUUUGGGCGGCCCAACCCAUCCUUCGUAUAAGGAGAAAGCUCUUAUUCUAAAGCCUGGGUCUUGGCUGACUAGCAACUCGCUAACCCUACUUUCUCAGCUUUGUUUUUCAAAGAGGUUGAGUCUCCUUCGAUGAAGAAUAAGGUCAUCCAUGUUCUCAUCUCUCAAGGGUUUUCCAAGAAGCUCAAAGGAUAGAGGUGAUGAAACUAGCAAAUGGCAGAAGGAUACCCCAACAACAUUAAGGUGGCAGAAACAACUCAAGUAUUUCCUAUUUCUCAAUCAUAUAUUGAGCAAAGAGGACUUUUCUUACUCCACAGAAGGGAAAACUUGCAAAGGCAUAUAUCUAAACUCCAAUUUCCUAUAUGAAUGCAGAGCUCAAGGAAUGAUCAAGUGACAACCACCAGUUCAUUGAGCAUAUGGAUUUCAAGUUUCAGGCUGCUUCACUGUGUUGCUCUAAUGAAUUUUAAGCUAGAACCCCUUUUAAAUAUAUAUUUGAAUUGAUUUUUUGUAGGAAUUAAUGUGCUUUUAUCCAUGACUUUUUUAAUUUCAUAAACUUGAUUCCUGAAUAGAGCUGAAUGUCAUAUUUCGUGUUUAUAAAUUGGCAUUUAGCUAAUCAGUAGUUAUACAUGAGUUCAUAUUAGUAUUUAUU